UUCAUUUUCAAUUUUCUUUCCUACAUCGAUCUUCUCAUCUCUCUCAUGGAUUCGAGCACUGUGAAUUAACUCAUCCCCCUCAUUAAUCCAGACGUCGACACCUCGCCAAACAUCCCUUCAUCGAAAUCGAUCGAUCAUCGAUCCUCUUAUAACAAACCCUAGAAUUACCCCCAAAUUCCAGUUAGGUUUUCUUUAAAUCAAUCAAUUUCUGCAGUUCAAUUACUCGAUUGAAAUGGAGCAAACGAAGCAAUGGAUUUGGGGAAAUUCCAGAAACCCUAAUUUCAGCCCUCUUAUUUCAGCCCCAGCCAUGAAUUCUUCUUCUUACAGCGAUUCCAAUUGGGAAGAACAGGCGUUUGCAGAAGAUGCAGCAGGAGCUCUCGGAGGAUGCGUAUGGCCGCCCAGAUCUUAUUCUUGCAGCUUCUGCAGAAGGGAAUUUAGGUCUGCUCAAGCUUUGGGAGGCCAUAUGAAUGUCCAUAGAAGAGAUAGAGCUCGAUUGAAGCAAUCAUCAUCAUCGUCAUCAUCUCCAGUUCUUGAAUCUGAUCAUCACCAUCUUCAUCGUCUUCGUCGACCUCAGAUUUCGAAUCCUUACUCUUCUGAACAUAUAGCUGCUUUCUUGUACAACACGCCUCUUAAUUCCGAUUAUUCGACGCCGCUGAAAUCGCCUCCACUCCGGCGAGUAAUUAGGGUUUCUUCGUCUCCUCCUCCGGUCGGGAAUGGCGAUAAGGGCUUGAAAAUUUCGUCGUUUUCGGAGAAAAUCGAUCGUUGUUUUGUUGUCGAUUCGAUCAAGAAACCCUCGAUGGACUUGAAUUUAGUGGUGUGUAGAAAGCGCGCGAAUAUGGAGAGUGAUCGCGGGGAAGAAGAUAGUUGCAAGAGGAGGAAAAUUGAGGGGAAAGACUCGGGUUUGGAUCGAUAUCGAUUGGAGGAGGUUUCGAAAUCGUGUUCGGGUUCCAUUUCGGGGGAAGUUUUGGAUCUUGAAUUGAGGCUUGGGAAUGGUCUACAAAGGUGAAAGUUAAUUUAACUUUGGAAGAAUUGGAAAAAAAAAAAAAUUGUUACUUUGAUUUGGUGUUUGUGUGUGUUUCUAAUUAUCUCAACACAAAUGAAUUCCUCUUUUGUUUUUAUUUUUUUAGUUGUUAUGGUUAGAAUUGAAGAUCAUGAAGCCUCCAUGAUCAUUU